CCGGGCACCCCCUCACUGUCUCUUAACCUGAUGUCACCGUUGCGGGAUUUUCUUAUAAUUCCACCAUUUAUCCGCCCUCUCGAAAAUACGCAACAAUUUGCGAGAGGUUUCUGUGCCUUCACACGUCUGAGCAAUAAAUACAACGGCACGUGUAUUGGGCGGUCACGGCCGCGCGGCGUUCACGUGGCUUCGGAUGCCCACCACAACAGAACGCUGGUGAAUGUGGCACAUCGCAUCCAGACGGUGAUUUCAUCGACAUCCGCGCAGUCAUGGAUCUUGAAGUGCAAUCUGCAGACGUCAUUCGCUUGAUCAUGCAGUAUCUGAAGGAGAAUAAUUUGCACCGGACGCUGGCGAUGCUUCAAGAGGAGACGACCGUGUCCCUGCACACUGUGGACAGCAUCGACAGCUUCAUUGCGGACAUCACCAACGGGCACUGGGACAUAGUGCUUCUCUCGAUCCAAUACCUGAAACUUCCUGACACACUGCUCAUUGAUCUCUAUGAACAGAUUGUACUUGAAUUGAUCGAGUUGGGAGAACUAGGGUCAGCCCAAUGUUUACUGAAGCAAACCGAUCCCAUGAUCAUGCUGAAGCACACACAACCUGAGCGUUACUCGCACACGGAGACUCUUCUCAACACGCCUUACUUUGACUCAGAGAAGGCGUAUCCAGCGGGCAGUAGCAAAGAGAAGCGCAGACAGGCUAUCGCUCAAGCUUUUGCAGGAGAGGUCUGUUUGGUGCCACCCUCACGUCUCAUGGCUCUGCUGGGCCAGGGUCGUAUAUGUGAAGGGGCUCUUUACAGAUUACAGGAAACCAAAGCACUGAGGCAGUUUGGCUCAUUAGCAAUGCUGUCUUUAAAGUGGCAGCAGCAUCAGGGACUUUUACCUCCAGGCAUGUCGUUGGAACUGUUCCGUGGCAAAGGUGCAUUGAAGGACAUGGAGGAAGAACGCUUCCCGACGCAGCUGAGUCGCCUUAUAAAGUUUGGGCCAAAAUCCCACGUCGAGUGUGCACGCUUCUCCCCUGAUGGACAGUACCUGAUCACUGGAUCUGUUGAUGGUUUCAUUGAGGUCUGGAACUUCAGCACGGGUAAAAUUCGGAAGGAUCUGAAAUACCAAGCCCAAGACAAUUUCAUGAUGAUGGAUGAGGCCGUUCUGUAUCUGGCAGUUAGUCACGAAUCAGACAUGGUCGCCGCUGGAGCUCAGGAUGGAAAUAUACAGGUUUGGAGGAUUUUGAACGGCCAGUGUCUGCGAAAGUUCGAGCGAGCUCACGGGAAGGCAGUGACCUGCGUCUGCUUCAACAAAGACAGCAGUCAACUGCUCAGUGCCUCCUUUGACCAGCUCAUCAGACUACAUGGCUUGAAAUCAGGAAAAAUGCUGAAGGAGUUUAGAGGCCACAAGGCUCACGUAAACGAUGUUAUCUUCUCACAUGACGGUCAGCAUGUCAUUAGUGCAUCAGCAGACGGGACGGUGAAGGUCUGGAGCAUGAAGACAAUGGAUUGCACCCAUACAAUUAAAACCCCCGCCAUUCCCGAGGGUACGGACAUCACGGUUAACAAUGUCAUUCUCGUCCCGAAAACUCCGGAUCACUUUGUGGUGUGUAAUAGAACCAACACGGUGGUUGUUACGAACAUUCAUGGCCAGGUGAUGAGGAGUUUCUGUUCGGGGGUGAGAGAGGGGGCAGAGUUUGUCUGCUGCACGUUGUCUCCGCGUGGCGAGUGGAUCUAUUGCGUGGGAGAGGACUAUGUGCUUUACUGCUUCAGCACCAUCACUGGCAAACUGGAGAGAACCCUCACGGUCCAUGAAAAAGAUGUGAUCGGCAUAACCCAUCACCCUCAUCAAAAUCUUAUCGCCACAUACAGUGAAGACGGUCUGCUCAAACUCUGGAAGCCCUGAUUUCUUCCUUCAUACUAUGAACUGGAUGUGUGUUACCCCGGCAUAUGUGUCUGCCGUGAAAUUGGUCUUCUUUUUAAAGCUUUAAACCCUUGACCUGUGUUUUAGGAAAAAGAAACGACACAUUGACAAUUUCAUUGAAACUUUGCCCCCUGUACCAAAAGAUCAUCAGAUUCAGAUGUUAGUUUUGGAAGUGGACAUCAUUGAAAACUGCAUGAAUUUACUGAUCUAUUAUUAUCAUUAAGGGCUUUGUAGUAUUGUCUGUGAUGAUACCUGCAUGCAAGAUUUAUGCCUUUUAAAGCUAACAACUGUUUUCUUUGUCGACCAUUCUUGGAGAUGUACAUCUUCAUAUACGUGACGGUAUGUGAUUUCUGAGAUUUUAACCAACGGCAGUGUGUACUUGCUCAGAAUGUGACCUUGCACGUCAUGGACACAUACACAUUGUAUUGAGACUCAUAUUUGUACUUGUGUACAUUUAGAAUUCUGAUAUGUAUAGAAUUCACGUGGAACAACCUUGUUUUUGGUUCGGUGUGUUUUAACACUUGGCCGAGUACGUCUUGUACUACUUGUACUGCAUGCAAGUGAUACAUAUGCAGUUAUUGCAAUAUACUGUAUGGAAGUAAUCCGUGUGGUUUAUAUAUUCUAAAAAAGUACAGAUUCUUUUUUAUCAAGGGUUCUUUUAAUAUGGGUACCAGAUUUCUUUACUGUAAAUCUCAGUGACCUACAGUAUUGAUAAAUGUGCUGAUAUUGCUGCUGUUUAAUGAAAUUUCAAACAUGAAUAAUCCACAACAAUCAUUGUGUGGUUUUGGUGUCGAUUGCUUGAUUUCUGAA